UUGCGGUGUGCAAAACUGGGCUGUAAGUCAACGCUUCCACCACAUGUAAUCUGACUACAAAGAAAAAACCCAAAAAAAUUAAAGAAAAUUCCACCACAGCUCAUCGGAGAGCAAUAAUCAACCCCGGUAUAUACGCUUUGCUGCCGUCUCCGCCGCAGCUGGUCAAAUGUGGGAAAAUUUGAUUGAAAGGUGACGAAAUAUACUCGGCAGCAAUUCAAGACACAAUUUUUCUGGUUUGUGGGUUUCUUGAUUUUGUAUCAAAUGGGUCGCAAGGGGAGUGAAGUGGAGCCGGCGAGGUGGGGGCCUAUGUUGCUUCUGUUGAUGGGUUCGGUAUCUUUCUGUAUGGUCUACAUUUUCAUGUCAACUGUGAUGAGACCCUCAUCGUCUGGUGAUUCAAAGAUUGGUGCUUUAGCGGUUGGUGAUGGUGGGAAGUCGGAGGUGGAGGUGAGGGGAGAUGGAGGUUGUUGUAAAGGGAUUCCGGAUUUGGAGCUGUGGGGUGCUUCUGUGAAGUGGGGGACUGAUUUCAAGGUCAAUUCGUCCGAGCAGUGCUGCAACGCUUGCAAGGCGAUGUGCACGGGGAAGGAUGGGCCUUGUCUAUGUGAUUCGUGGGUGUUCUGUGGGAAUAAGAAGGCUUGUGGGGAGAAAUUUGGUGAGUGCUGGUUAAAGAAACAAAAGGAUGUCCUGCAUCCUGAAAAGCAAGAUAACGGAAACACGAUCAUGUGGACAUCAGGCAUCGUCUUUGGGAAAGGGGAGGGCAUUAUUGCGUUACAGACAGAGUAUGGAACCCUUCACAUCAAGCUUUUGCCUGAAUGUUCCCCACAUUCAGUUGCAUACAUGCUAGAGUUGUUGGCUUUGCGACAUUGUGCAGGUUGCCAUUUUUAUCGAGCAGAAAGCCGGGGCCAGUUCUGGGAUAUUGACGGAAACCACAUAAAAGCUGCUUCAUAUGGCCCUCCAUUUGGUCUUAUCCAAGGAACACUAGAAGCCCAAGGAGUGGAAUUCGACCCGAUUCCAUCGGAGCACUGCCCAACCAUAAGAAGGGGUUCGGUGGCAUGGGUUGAAUCCGGCCCUGAAUUCUUCGUAAGCCUUGCAAAUCAUGAAGAGUGGCAAAAAGGGUACACUGUGUUUGGUUCUGUACUUCCUGAAGACAUGGCGAUUGCCGAGAAAAUCGCUCAGCUUCCGACAAAGUCGGAUGUUUGGAAUAACAUCAAUGUCUCAGUUUUGGAGAAAACUGUACCUUUGAAGAUUCAAAGAAUCAAGCUUGGCCAAAGUGACCUGAAUCUCAGUGCUGACUAGAAGAGUUGGAUACAAGACAAGUGUAGAUGAACAAUAUGAAGACAUGUCAGCAUGAUUUUGAGCAUAUGAAGGGGCAGCCAAAGACCAACUGUAAAGCUCUGUGGAAGGUGCCUUCUCAAGAACUAGGAAAAUGUUUUAUUUUUCAAACACCUGUAUUUUACUGUCAAAACCCUUCAAAAUCAUAGAAAAAUAAACUAAAUAAUAAUAAUAUCACAAUGAUGUCUAGAGUUUGCAUA